CGAACACUUCGGGAUCUGAGCCCCGCGAUGGCGUCCAGACGCGCUCCGCCUCACUGAUGCUAGACAUUCGCCAUCAAGAACUCGAUGGUCGCCUCGCAGAGGUUGCCGCUGGACAGGUGAUUGCAGGCGCCCGAAGCUGCUGCCGCGAUGCGGUUGCCACACAUCAGAAUGUCAUUCCCUACGCACAGACGCUGGAUGUCAGCAGCAUGCACAGCGUGCACAGCACUCGGACUCGUAUAUUACCGCCCUCACUGCCUUUAUCGUUCUCUCUUGCCCACCUAUGAUAACAUGUCCGGAGACGAGAGCAGCAAGAGGCGAAAGCAAUCGACACCUCCUCGUGGCAGCUCUCCUUCCCAGUCCGUCACCCAGUCCCCUCGCGCAAUUCCCCAGGAUCACCUGAUCGACGACGAGUACUGGACCGACGGCGACUUUGAGAUCGUGACCAGCAACGGCAUCCGCUUCCGCGUGCCGAGCUACCACCUCUUCGCGGCGAGCUGGAUUUUCCGGAACGCGCGCAAGCUGGCCCCACCCAACGACGCGCGAAUCCGACUCACAGACCCUGUAUGCGAAACGGGAUAUGUCUUCCGCCUAUUCAUGCAGCUCGCCGAACACGGGCAGCUCGACGGCGUUGGCCAACAGGGUAUCUUCAAAGUCCACAUCAAGCUGCACCACCUCUUUCUCUUCCUGAAGAAGUGGGACUGCCCAGGCUUGCUCGCGGUGCUGCACCACUCCAUCUCACGGCUAGUGGAGGAGGACCGCGGUCUGGACCGCUCGCGCAUGUUCAUCGUGGCGGCGCUGAACGGCGACACGCGACUGUGCAGCCGCAUCCUCGAAGUGUCUGCCAAGGAUGUGUGGGGCGCAAACCGCGACGGGACGCCAGACGCGAUGAUUGAUGCGCCGACGGGCACACACAUUUGGGACCCGUAUCACUGGCCUGUGUGGUUCCAGCUCCACUGUCCGCCACUAUACGCUUGGGCUGUCGCGCGUGCUUGGGGCUUGGUGAUGGCAUCGUCCCCGCCGGAGCACGAGAGGAAUCCCAAGGCGUUUGGGGGUCGGUUCGUCGCGUUUCUGGAAGAGGUACAAGACAGGCAAGAGAUAUGGUGAUUGAGGGAAGGGUCAUGCGAAGG